GGAGAGAGAGAGAGAGAGAAGGAGGGGUGGAAAUGAGCUGAGCUGGAGGCUUGUUCAGCCAUGUUAGUUUUCUCUGCGGUUCACGAACGAUGAGAGAGAGGAGCCAUGGCCUUGUCAUUGAGCGGAGACGAUGAGGAAUAUGAUUCAGAGUCUGAGCAGCAGCGGGCGGCCAACCGGCCGAAGCCCAAGAUGGGGACGUCGUCGGGCGUCAAGCUGCCGUCCAACCGCAGCUCAUCCGGAGCCAGACGCAGGAGGACGCGCUGCCGAAAGUGCGAGGCGUGCCUCCGGACCGAGUGUGGAGAGUGUCACUUCUGCAAGGACAUGAAGAAGUUUGGAGGGCCGGGGCGCAUGAAGCAGUCCUGCAUUAUGAGACAGUGCAUCGCCCCGGUUCUGCCCCACACGGCGGUGUGUGUGGUGUGUAAAGAGGCAGGGAAGGAGGACACACUGGAGGAAGAGGAGGACAAGUUCAACUUCAUGCUGAUGGAGUGCUCCAUCUGCAACGAGAUCGUCCAUCCCAACUGUCUCAAGGUGAGCGAUGCCUCAGGAGUGGUGAACGAUGAGCUCCCUAACUGCUGGGAAUGUCCCAAAUGCAACCAUGCUGGGAAAAGUGGAAAAGUAUUGAAGCAAAAAAGGGGUCCAGGGUUCAAGUAUGCCUCCAACCUCCCCGGCUCUCUGCUGAGGGAACAGAAGCCUGUGAAGGAGGAAGGGGACGUUUCUUCUGCAGCCAAGAGGAGGCCAGACAGAGAGGAGACACCCAGGUACAGACCAGAGGAGUCUCUGCACAGACAGCCACCGCUGCUCUCUCCCUGCAACCUGCCCCGGCCCAGGCCUGAGGACAAACUGAGGAAGAAGAGGAAGCUGUUUGAGGAUGAUGAGGAAGAGGAUCUCAGUGUGAGGAAGAAGGAAAAGUCAGACGAUCCUUAUUUUUCAAAACUUCUGCAACACAUCAAGACAGAAGAGGAGGACGAAGACGCAUACGAGGAGGAGAAUGAGGAAGGAAGGGAGCCUCACUUCCGUGGUUUAGAGAGGAAAGGCCGGUUUGUAGACGCGGAAGAAGAAGGGGACGACAGAGAGUCCAAGAAUGAACUGUUGAAUUCCUUCAUUAAAACGCCUGUUGGAGACAGUGACCAGUCUCACUGCAGCUCCCCGCAGGCCGGCCCCAGCAGCGAGGGCGGAAGCGAGACCCAGGAAAAGGGCCCGCGUCCAAAAGCUCGCCGUAAGCGACGUUUACCUAACAGAGAGCUGAGCCGAGAGCUGAGCAAAGCACUGAACCAGGAAAUCCAGAAGACCGAGGACUGCCUGGCCAACGAGAACCGCCAACCCCUCAAGGUAGAGCCGGAGACGGAAAACGAGGAACCCAAGAGGUUGUUCCGCAACGGCAGUGAGCUCGGGGAUCAGAGGCCCCACCUCAAGACCAAAGAGAUGAACGGGACCCCGUGGGAGCUGCGCCACUUCUACCCAAGUCAGAUCACUCCGCUGGGCUUCAACCGGAGCACCCCGACCAACCGGCCGGUGCCCCCACACUCCCCGCCCAAAUGCGUCCAAAUGGAGCGGCACGUCAUCCGGCCCCCUCCGAUAAGCCCGCCUCCCGACAGACUGCCUCUAAAAGAUGGCAAAACGCAUGUCAUACAGCGCGAGGUCUGGAUGAAGAUCUUUGGAUAUCUCACACACCAGGAGCUGUGUGUCUGCAUGAGGGUCUGCAAGACGUGGAACAGAUGGUGUUGUGAUAAGAGACUUUGGACAAAGAUCGAUCUGAACCGCUGCACCUCCAUCACCCCUUUAAUGCUAAGUGGGAUUAUCCGCCGGCAGCCAGUUUCCCUGGACCUCAGUUGGACCAACAUUUCCAAGAAACAAUUAAGCUGGCUUAUUAACAGAUUGCCAGGUCUGCGAGUGUUAAAGUUAUCGGGGUGUUCAUGGGCUGCUGUGUCUGCGCUAUGCACCUCCAGCUGCCCUCUGCUGCGCUCCCUGGAUGUCCAGUGGGUGGAGGGACUCAAGGACGCACAGAUGAGGGACCUCCUCUCUCCCCCCACAGACAACAGACCAGGUCAACUGGAUAACCGCUGCAAGUUGCGGAACGUGGAGGACCUGCGCUUGGCGGGGCUGGACAUCACUGACACGUCUUUACGUCUCAUCAGUCGGCAGAUGCCUUUGCUGUCCAACCUGGACCUGAGCUACUGCAACCACAUCAACGACCAGUCCGUGAACCUGCUGACCGCAGCAGGGACCACGACCAGAGACUCCCUCACAGAAAUCAACCUGUCAGUUUGUAACCGGGUCACAGACCAUUCCCUGAACUUUUUCAAGCGCUGUGGAAGCAUCUGUCAGAUCGACCUCCGCUUCUGCAAGCAGGUGACCAAGACGGCGUGCGAACGGUUCAUCGCAGAGAUGUCUGUGAGCGUACCGUUCAGACUGAAAGAGGACAAACUGCUGCAGAAGUCAAGCUAGUUCCUAACAGGACGGAAAGGAUUGUCGGACUCUCUUUGCACUUAAUGGAACAAGUUUUUUUUUUUUCCUUUUUAAACCGGUCCUGUGAUAAAUCUCUGAAUCAGUGUCACACUAAACGAACUGAAGCGAGAGACGGAUUUCUGGACGGAGAUCUUAGACGGACUCUAACGUAAGGAGGUGAUAAACAUUCACUGGACGGAUACAGAGGAAAUAGCAUGCAUGUAUUUGUGUUGAGAUUGUACUUUUUAUAAAGACGUGCUUGUAAUUGGCUGUUGGGUUGUCUAUUUUUAUUCUUUAAUUAUUUGAAAACACAGUAUUUUUAUACAAGCAUCAUUUCAUGAGUUUACAGUGUCUCAGGAGCUAAAUAUCACAGAGAGACUGUAUGGCAUGUGAACUGAAACAUUGUCCCCUCCCUCAGUUUGCCUUCAUACAACAGCGUCCUCGAUGUGCCAAAAUGUGUUUGACAUUAUUAUAACUUCAGCAUCGGACAAAAAUAACAUGUACAGUAAUAAAUAUCUGACUAAAUUAUCAUAAAUUCUUCCCAAAUGUAAGAAUGUAUUUCAAAUAAUGACAAAACAAAUUUCAGAUUCCUGUUACACCCUCAUGUCUUCACUUACCUGAAUACUUUUUUUUAGGAAUUGUUGAGUGUUGUAUUUGACGGGUUUUUGCCAACAUUUCAACAUUAAUUUAUUAAUUUUUGUUUUUUAUUACAGUUUGUAUUUAUUCAUUUAUUCAAUAACUUGACAUGGAUGUCUCAGAGCUGGGUCAAAUAAUGCUUGCAAAUAAUAUAUCUUAUGGGUGGUUGGAGCCUGUCGCAGCAUCCAGUUUUAGCAGUGGUUAAACACCAGUGGCAGGAAGUUGAUCACUGUCACCUCACCAUCAGCUCCGUCACAUCUGGCUCUCCGUACAGACUCAAACAACCAAGUGAAAAGACUUUUGCAAAUAACUCAUUUGCAUUAUGUUUAAAUAAUAACUCCAUUCAGUAGGUGUUGUGUGUAUUUUGGGGUGUGUUGUGAUGUAAUCUAUCACCUCAGGUGAAUGUGAUAAUGUUUAUAUUUGUAAAUCCAAAAACUAAGUGCUAAUAUGCAUUAAAAGAAUUUCAUUUGUACCA